CAGGGCGCUGUAUUCGAUACAGUGUAUUGUUCACAUAACCUUCAUGUGUUUAAUUGGCAGAAGAAUAUCGUAAAAAUGUCACUUACUUAGUACAAAAAUAGACUAUCUUUUAAUAAAAAUGUUGAUUGGUUUCGCCGAGCGUGUGACAAUAAACGAAAACGCAAAAAUCCGUGUAUAUUUGUACGUGCUGUAAGUGAGAAAAUUGUUAAAUUAACGAAAAUGGUUGUUGGUAGCAGAACGCAACAGUUGCUGAAAUGCGGCAAAAAUGCUUCGUUUUCCAAUCAAAUUAAAUUUGGCAGGUCGUUUUACACCUUUGGCAACCGUAAGUACGUGAACCAAGCGAAAAAUUUCGGGUCAUCCAAAGAAAAUUCGUUUGUGAGGUUAUGUGAUUGUAAAAGACUGCACUCUUCCAGGGAGACCAGGAGCACCAUCACCAAACUGUCACCUCAAGAGAUUUGUUUUAAUUUUGGAUUAAGUUCAGGAGGGGUUUUAGACAUACCGUCCAAUGUACACAGUGUAAGUUUUGGCGAAACACCAAAUAAUGCAAACUCUGGAUAUAAUCCUCAAAAAAUUUAUAUUCACAAUGAUCAACAACAACCUUUAAACCGCGAAAUCGGUCAACAAGGAUUUAGGGGACAAUACGACAAUAACCCACCAUUGAUGCUUAAACAACAAUCUGUAUUUGCUGAGAACGGAAAUGGAAGAACCAAUGGACAUAACCCCCUUGGACAACAAACUUUCACCCACAAAACGGCAUAUGGGAAAAGAAGUGAACGUUCAGGGUAUAAUGGAGUUGCUGGUACUAGUAAUAUUCACACAAAUGGUCACAUCAAUGGUCACAACACCCUUGAUAACCCUUAUAAUCUUGACUUUUCACAACCCCAUCAACCAAAUGUAUUUAAAGAAAAAGAGCAUGUGGAAAGCAGUGGGCUUUUAGGUUUUAAUGGGGAUGAACCAGGUAAUAACCCCUAUAAUCAACAACAAUAUUCGGGUAACAAUAUCCGAAACACUAAUUAUGUUAGUAUUGCGAAAAACGAGGGACACAACCUCAAUAAUGAGGUUGAUUAUUUACGACCUCAAGAUACGGAAAUCGAGAUGCCUGAUGAAAGUAAUUCCAAACAUGUUAAAAUUACAAAAACCAUGCAUUCUAAUAAUCCUAAUGGUAAUUAUGCAACAAAUCACCUUCAAUAUUUAGGAUCUCAACACCAAUCUAUAUCCAAUGGGGAAUAUGAUGUGGGAACAGAUGUUAUUGGAAAUAAUCAUUUUGAUUAUACUGAACCUCAACUUCCAGAAGACAAGAGACUUAAGAAACUUGCCAAACUAGGCAGACUUAAUAAUAAGAAAUAUCCUGGUGUGUCAGUAAAACAAUCUCAUUUUUCAAGAAUAGAGGAUAACAAUAAUCCUUCACUACAACCUUUAUUUACCAAGGACUUUGAUGGUCCACAAAAUUUGAAUUUUCCAGCAAAUAAUGUUGAUGAUGAUGAUAAUAAUGAACUUGGAAAAUCGAACUUUCAGGCAAACAGUCUUUUUGAUCAAUUCAAUCCUAAUAAUCAACCUAAUAAUCCUAAUAGUAAUUAUGCAACAAAUUCCCUUCAAUAUUUACCAUCUCAACAACAACCUUUAUCUCAUGGGAAAUAUGAUGUUGGAACAGAUGUUAUUGGAAAUAAUCCUUUUGAUUAUUCUAAACCUCAACAUCAAGAAGACUAUCAGCUUAAGAAGCUUAAUAAUAAGAAAUAUCCUGGUAUGUCAGCAAAAAAAUCUGAAUUUACAAGAAAAGAGGAUAACAAUAAUCCUUUACUACAACCUUUAUUUACCAAGGACUUUGAUGGUCCACAAAAUCUGAACUUUCCAGCAAAUAAUGUUGAUGAUGAUGAUAAUAAUGAACUUGGAAAGUCGAACUUUCAGGCAAACAGUCUUUUUGAUCAAUUCAAUCCUAAUAAUCAACCUAAUAAUCCUAAUAGUAAUUAUGCAACAAAUUCCCUUCAAUAUUUACCAUCUCAACAACAACCUUUAUCUCAUGGGAAAUAUGAUGUUGGAACAGAUGAUAUUGGAAAUAAUCCUUUUGAUUAUACUAAACCUCAACCUCAAGAAGACUAUCAGCUUAAGAAGCUUAAUAAUAAGAAAUAUCCUGGUAUGUCAGCAAUAAAAUCUCAAUUUACAAGAAAAGAGGAUAACAAUAAUCCUUUAUUUAUCAAGGACUUUAAUGGUCCACAAAAUGUGAACUUUCCAGCAAAUAAUGUUGAUGAUGAUGAUGAUGAUAAUAAUGAACUUGGAAAACCGAACUUUCAGGCAAACGGUCUUCUUGAUCAAUUUAAUCCUAAUAAUCAACCUAAUAAUCCUAAUGGUAAUUAUGCAAAAAAUCCCCUUCAAUAUUUACCACAACAACCUUUAUCUAAUGGGGAAUAUGAUGUUGGAACAGAUGUUAUUGGAAAUAAUCCUUUUGAUUAUUCUAAACCUCAACCUCAAGAAGAGAAUCAGCUUAAGAAGCUUAAUAAUAUGUCAGUAAAAAUAUCUAAAUUUGCAAAAAACGAGGAUGAAAAUAAUCCUUUACUACAACCUUUAUUUACCAACGACUUUGAUGGUCCACAAAAUGUGAACUUUCCAGCAAAUAAUUUUGAUGAUGAUGAUAAUAAUAAAUUUGGAAAACCAAAAGUUCAGGCUAACAGUUUUCUUAACCAAUUCAAAAAAAUACCAAGUAACAUAAUGCAAAUCUUAACCAAAAACCUAAGAGAAUACAAUUUAUUAGAAGUUGCGAAAAACGUUAUGUCGUUAGGUUUACCCCUUGGCAUUAAUUUGGCCGAAAUCGAAAAAUAUAUAAGAAAUGUGUUGACGGGGCUGGAGGAACCCAUCAAAAAAAUUGGCAAUGAUUUAAGGGAAAUUGAAAAAAAUAUAAGAAUAAUUUUCAAACAAGUUAAGAAAACAAUAAAAAACACUAUAAUUAGUUUGGUGGAAAAAAUAAAAAAAGAUUUAGCGAAAAUUGUUACAAAUAUCAUAAAUAAAUUGAAAAGGUUAAGAAACAUUAUUUUAGGAGCUGUCGAAAUGUUAAAGAGUUAUUUCGCAGACAUUCUAUCUAGUUUGGCAGUUAACAUAUUUAAAAUUAAAAGAAAUAUUUUGAUAUGGUUGAGGGCACGCAUCGCUAAUUUAAUGUUUCAAAACCAAUCAAGCCGUUGUAUUGUCAAAGCUUUUGGAAAAAAUUGGAAUACCUUCCUUCGUAUGUUUGAUGAUGUUUUAAAGUUUGACCAAAGUAUUGUUGAAGAGUUUGUAAGAUGCGAUAAAAAACUGAAUGGAAUGAUAGAUAAGUUCCCAAAAGUCAAUUAUAAAAAUAAUGAAACAUUGUAAAUAGUGAUAACAUUUAAUUAUUUUGGGGAAAUAAAGUCUAUUAUACAUAACGUUUGUUUUUAUCUUGGUUAUUUAAUUUAAUUGUAUACCCAAUGGAAAAACAGAAUCAAUUAUAUAAUAUAGAAGACCUUCUACUGGUCCAAGUAUUAAAGAUCCAACAGGGUUGGCGGCCAAUUUCACAACACCUUUUAUAUACAUUUUCAACAGCAUGUUUAUGGUUUUGGAUAUUUGGGCCCAUAUCCAGUCCAUGAGACUGACAUCGCCAUCUUCUGGUGCAGAUGGGUCAAUGUCCCCAUUAUCCCCAUUGCCAUCGUUCAAUGUAAGUUGCCUUAAAGCUUUUUCUUCUUGCCUAAAUAUAUUUUUGAGUAUGUUAAACAGUUCGUCAAUGUUUCCCCAUUUGAUGUCUUCAAAAAUGAGGUCUAGCGUUUGAACGGUAUCAUCUAAAAUUUGUUGUAAUCGCUCGACCAAGAGGUUUACAACUCGGUUAAUUAUUGAUUCCAGAUCAUAUUUGGGUUGUCCAUCUUUAUAUAAACCUCUCAAAAGUUUUGUUAUAUCGUCAUAACCCUUUAAGACUGCUUCUUGUAGGGGGUUAACCGAAUCUGCUAUGUCAUUGUGGUAUAGUUGUAAUAUUAUCUCAAGUGUUAUUUUUGCUGUUUCCUCGAUGAUUUGAUCGAAAAUUUCCAGUGUAACAAGGGAUCUCCUAUUUCUAACGUGAAAUGGAAUACUUUGGUUUUCCAUGAUAUUUCUCAAUAUCGGUCUGUAUAGUGUCAAAAAUUCUCUGAGGCUUCUCCUUACAGUAACUUGCACAUAGAAGUUGUUAUUGAAUUUAUCCUCCAAAAUUCUGUUUACGACGUUAAUACAAAUCUUUUCCAAUAUAUCAUAACUAACCUUGACAUGGUCUUCCUUUAUAUACAAAACUUCCUCCCCAACUAUUUCGUUCAAAUUUCCCACCGCCUCUCUUGAACCGCCCUGUAGAUUUCUAAUCUCGCUCUCGAUGACCUCCAAGUCGUGCCCAUUGGACUCCAAGUACAACUGUAUGGAGGAUUUAAAUUCUCUGAAUAAAUUGGCAAAAUUACGCCCUAAUUUUCUACGAAUACCUUCGAAAAAAGCUUUUGAAUUCUCCUUACUUAAAAGUUGGUGACUUAUUUUUUGUAUUUCUUGAGUAUCUUUAGAAUAUGCCGCCUUUAUUAGCCGUAUGUUCACAGGGUCUUGUACAGUAUCCUCUCCUAGA